GUGAGGUGUAAAAGAUGAAGAAGAAGAUUGUGUGUGUUAUGCAUCUUCCAUGGCCUGCCAUUGUGCUUGCUAUGCUUUCUUCCUAUCACCACAGAGGGAUUUCCUCGACAAAACAAAGUUUAAACCAUCAUGCAGAUCCAGUCCUGUUCUCCUUUCUUCCAUAAACAAUACUGGAGUCUCCUACAAUCCUCUUGUCUAUGAGACUGCUAGGCUUUUGGGUCCUCCGGCAAGAUUCGAAGCGUCAAAGCUGAAAGUAAUUUACAUGGGAGAAGACUUGAACAAGUAUUCAGGAAUUAUUCCAAGAACCUACAUCCUUUCCCACUGUGACUUCACUGCUAACUUAACCUUAACUAUCUCUAAUGUCAUCAACCUUGAUCAGUUGAAUGGAUGGUAUAAUAAGGAUGAUGUAGUUGCAGAAUGGAAGAAAGUGAACGAUCAAAUGUGUCUUCAUGUCCAUUGCUUUGUCAGUGGUCCCAAUCCCCUGCUAGACCUGGCUGCUGAGUUUAGAUACCACAUAUUCUCGAAGGAAUUGCCUUUGGUGCUCAAAGCUGUACUACAUGGAGAUUCAGUACUUUUUGGAGAGCAUCCGGAGUUACUCAAUGCUUUGGUGAGGGUAUAUUUCCAUUCUAGUUUGCGAAACUACAAUCGGACAGAAUGUUGGGGUCCUCUAAAGAAUGCUGCAGAGGGAAGACAAGGGGACCAAACCCAAGGGUUAUUAAGUGGAAGUGAAGAUGGUUUAAAGCAGAAGUGGAGACGCCCAAAAUCCAUCAUCCAAGCUCUUUUUGCCUUCCUUCUUUGAAGUACUGCACAUAACAGGCCGGCAGCUUAAAUCAUAAACGGUUUUUCUAAUCUUCAUGCCACAGAGGCAGCAAAUUUCAGGUGACUGGGCCAAAAUCAGGAUUCAUUAUUCUUGGUGAAGCCCUUAAGAAGCUCUUAGGGGAAGUGAUAAAGGCCAAGAUCACAUAAGAAAUGUGGAAGUACUUGAUUCUUUACAAUUCACACACUCAUUCAAAUGGAAUAUUGACACACAAUUCUUGUGUAACUGAGACGAUUUUCUUUAUUUGUUGAAUCAGAAAAGGCCUGAUGUCUUUGGUUGGA